GCUACGCCACCAACACUGAUCCAUCCCAGUAAUCCACAGCUGAGAACAGGAAGAGGGCCGAAUCUCAGCAGGGUGGGCGGCAGAUGGUGACACUGCAGCAGCACUUCUCCAGCAUGGAGGAGACGGUGCGGACGCUACUGAAGAACCAGGACUCUCUGGACGGACCCAAGGUGGACCCACUGGACCUCAUGAAAGCCUACAAGGACAAGCUGCUGGAGGAGAUGUGGAAGCAGCAGGGCAGUCUGGAGGGUCCCACGGCCCCGGUACCGGAGCCGCCCGCCUGGCCCGAGGCCGGCGCAGAGUCGGAGGAAAACUCAAAGGACAGCAACCCCCUGCUGGAGCGACUCCGAGCCCUGGAGGCGGAGAACUCGGCUCUGUCCGUGGAAAACGACAAUCAGAGGAAGCAGUACGAACGCUGUCUGGAUGAAGUGGCUAACCAGGUGGUCCAGGCUCUCCUCACACAGAAGGACUUGAAAGAGGAGUGUGUGAAGCUGCGGACCCGUGUGUUUGACCUGGAGCAGCAAAACCGCAUUCUGAGUGUGCUGUUUCAACAGCGUGUCAAAAUGUCCACGACUCCUGUCUCCCAGGAGGUCCAAAGGAACGGAAAAGCAGGUAUUCCUGCAGGAAGGUGGCCCAGCCUGCUGAGCCUAACAUGCCCACGCAGUAGUGGAAGCGGCAGUGGCAGUGAACUGUCUCUAUCCAGUGCUUGUAGUGAGUACUCCAGUGGCUCCCACACCUGGGCAGAAGGACGUGGAUUCUCCAAGCAGGGUGCCGCAAGCCGGGACAAAAGGAUGAGUACAGGUUCGGUAUCCAGCAAUCACUCUGCAACCAUCGAGCAGACAGACCUGGGAUGGAAGGAAGGCCACAUUCUGAAAGGACUUAAGCGUCUACAAAUGUGCAGCUCCAAAGAGGCAUCCUCACGUGCAUCUGUUCCACACUGCAAAGACUGUGAAACCUCCAACGAGGGCAUAUACUCGUUUGGUGUGAAGUGUGGCCAACAAGGAAGUACAUGCAAGCAAGUAGCCCCUACAAGUAAACCCUUCCAGGCCGGAGCAGGGACUGCUGCCCUGGACUCUGAUGAUGCAGAUGAUGAUUCAACCAAAUUACAAGGUAGGGAAUCCAGUGACCAACCAACAAAAGAGCUUGUUUGCUUGGAGGAACUAGUUGUUACAAGAGAUGAUGAGAACAAUUUUCAAGAAGGCCCUGUUAAACUUUUUCCCUCACCUGUCACAGACAACUUCUUAUUUUUGGAUGGCCCCACAAUAAAACCUGGAUUAAGUCCAACAGAUAGUACUACAUAUCCAGAAGAAAAACACAAGCCUUCAGGCAUGAAGUUAAGUGACAGAAACAAUAACCAGGAAAGGUCUACUGACCGUAAGUCCAGACUGGAUCAUGUCAAAAGGCAACAGGGCAGACUUGCAGUCAAGCAAGUCGAAACAGCUGAUGGGAGCUCUUCUAUUCAGCAUUCUGCAACAAGAGCUGUGAGCUUUGAGAGUGUAGCCAGACAGCGCAGCUCCUCAAUGGACGUUCCUCACUACAGAGACCAGGCGACUCAAGCUGGCAGCCAGGACUACACCAUCUCAGAAUCUCCACAGAGGAAACCCAAACCUCAGCCGUGUGACUCGGCCAGAAAGGCUUUCAUUCUGCGGAGCAAGAGUGCAGACGGAGGGAAAGAACAAACUAAGCAUACGCAUUCUCCUUUCCACCAAAAGCUCAUUAAAGGUCACAGGUCCAAAGGACAGUCAAAUCCUCCUGGGCACAGUGUUCCUAGCGAAAGGACAACUCUCAGUAAAACACAUUGUUCAAGCAAGGGACCACUCUCUAAAGUUGAGAAAGAUGAGGACGUCGCGGUAUCAACAUGUUCAAAGUCUCUCAAGAAUGUGCGCUCUCCACUUGCUUCCCCUGUGAAACAUUCAAAGACAUUUAGGAGCCCAACAAAAUCCCCGUUGCAAUGCACUAGACUUCAAUCAAGCAAUGAGUCUUUGGAAGAUAGCAUCUAUGACAACUUACCCUGCUCACCGCGAAAACAACGACGCCGAGACAAGCACUGGGAUGUUUCCCAUUCCGAACUUAGGUCCCCAUCACCACCACCUCCACCACCACCCCCAGGUCGAACUACUUCUCUUGUCCUUAGGCCCAGUUGUGACAGUUUACCCAAAGGUCAGGCUCAGAGCUUGACUACUGGGAAGACAACAUCGAGCACCACCAAGCACCAAGCAAAUCUUUCUUCUAUUUCACAGCCACAGCAAUCCAAUACGGCAAAGGACAAUCAACACACAGCUACACAAAUGGAUGUUGAUGGUAAGCCACUGAGAGAUAUCCCUGCUAAUCUCUACCAUACCAACUCAUCCAGGAUGCCACCUGUCCCAGUUCAAGAGUCUUUAGAGUCAGUCCAGCUAUCUAUGGACAGAACUGCCACCUGCCAUGAUGAACAUGGUGCUCCCUCUAUAUUUCCAAGUCAGAGCAUCUUACAGAGAUCCCAACAGAGCAUCAGUGAGCCAAAACUUUCAGAAGUCCUGCCUCAGGCAUAUUCUAAUGUUUACCACCAUGGGAUUGCCAAUAAUCCUCAGAGUUCCACCUCAAGAGCUGCAAAAAUGGCUCUUCCUGUAAAUGCUAAAUCACAUGAGGCAAUCUCUGGACAGGAAACCAGUACCUUCCUAGUUUUUGGGAGACAUAACAAAGAUGAUACAAACUCUUCUGCAAAAAGCAUCCACACCUUUCAGACUUUCACGUGUGGUCCCCAGAUGAUACAGGAUCGUGGAGCUUGUGAGAAAGUCCGCAGAAAGAUUGACACCCGCUGUAACUCACUGGAUUCGGAGCCCUCAGUCCAGCCUGUGGCUUCUGACAGCGGUGUGAUGUUGGAUUGGGGAUUUGAUGAGGAAGGUUGGCUAUUUAAACGGUCUGUGUCUGUGUCUACCAGACCUCCCCUUAAGCCUGUGAUGGGCAUGAAUGGGGCUAAGGCUCGUAGCCAGAGCUUUGGUGCCCGCUACAUGGACAGGCCAAGCUUCAACAGAUCUGGAAAGGUCCGUACCCAGAUCAAAACGCACUCUGGGAGCUCCUUGAACUCUCUUAGUGAUGUCCUUCCAGGAAGUAUGAGUUGCUCUAAUAGCUACCAUUGUCCAAUGAACCGAUCCCUUUUGAACAACUUCUUGAUUGAAGAGGGCCUGACAGUUCCUUCACAUUUGGGGUCUUCCAGUGAAAGACUUCAGAGUCUUAAACUCCAACGAGAACAGGCUAGGCGUCUUCAGAUUGAGCAACAGUUUUCAAGCGCCUUUGGCGAGCCGGUUUCUGAAGAACCAGAGAGACAAAGCACUAUAACCACCAUCGAAGAGAAAGUGAUGCUCGGCAUAGAGGAGAACUUGCACAAGUCUCAGGAACAGGAGACAACCAGCGAAGUGAAGCAAAAAUCUGGCUCGACUUUGGCAAAUUGGUUUGGUUUUCGUAAGAGUAAGCUUCCCGCUCCAAGCAGCAAAAAGACUGAACCACCGAAAGUAAAAGAGGAGAAGAGGGAGCAAAAGAUUACAUCGCUUCUGGGAGGAAAACAGACAAAGUCUGACAAAAAGAGAGACAGAAGAAAAAGCGAUGGAAAAGACAGCUCUGUUGGGAGAAGAGAGUCUCAUGAUGCAGUGCGGGCAUGCAUCUCCAUGCCGUGCCCGGGAAUGUCCCUGAACGAGUUACAGGGACAUUCUGACAUCACCGGGGACCCAAAGAUGCAGAUGAUGAACCUCAGCGCCGACGGAGAAAAUGGAUCCACGGUGAAGACCCCCAACCAGGAUGUAACAGGCUCCGGCUGCAAGAUGCGAACGUUGGACAGUGGAAUUGGAACCAUCCCCCUUCCUGAAUCCUGUUCCUUCUUCUCCUCCAUCCUGCACCUCCUCCCCAAAUCCUCAUCCAUCCCCGAGCAGUCCCUCAGUCCUCCCGGUGUCCCCGGUUUGUCCAGCGAGGACGUGUCUCCUUCCCCGUUACCCCGGUGGAGGAUACCCUCCGGCUUUAGUGACUGCAGCCAUGCACGGGUGCCGACCUCCCUCUCUGACUCCUCCGUGACCCGUAUCCAGUCAGUGCCUUUUCCCACGGUGGCCUUCCUCCAGCCCGUCCAACCCCAGUGUGAACCCAUUGUAACCAGGAGCAGGCCGCCCAGACCUCCGCCAGGUGGGAUGGAACCAAAGAAGUUGACCUACGUCAAAUCGAAAACACGACCCACCCCGAGCCAACAGAAAGAACAGACGAGACUUCAGCUCGCCAACUGUAAGACAACAUAGAGCUUGUUUAUUUAGGACACGUUUGGGUAAAACUUCAGGCACUUAUCAUUUCAUUGUCCUGCUUUAUUAUCCAGCGUUACGCAGUUCUUAAUAGGAUUAUAAAAAUAGACCACAGAAAUUAUUGUCCAGUUAUCAGCUCUGAAAGUCAGAGUGACCUGUUCCAUUAAAACAGGCAAUCUUCUGUGUAAUUAACUGGGACCUCCAGUCUUGUAAAAUACAAAGGAACGCUAUCUUGAAAAGUCACAUGACAACUUACAAACUUUCCCAAAGACUUUUGGGAACUGAAAACAGUGUCAAAGUUUUGGAGACCGCCCAUUGGUUCAGACGGCCCGUUGUCCCAAAAACAAAA